UUGACAAUCGUGCCAGGUGAAGUGAGAACGUCACAGCUGGCGCUGCCAGCCGUCAAGAUAGCCACAGAGUCGAAGUUGCAGUUGUGCGGUGGCUGGGGUGGGCAGGCUGGCUACGCACUCGAGGGUUGCGUGGACCCUGGUCUGCUCCGGCCACCGCCGCAGCCGCACUCGAGUCAACUUGGCACCGUGUACGCAACGAAGAGGAGAAGGAGAAAUGGAAAGAGCAUCAAACCACCAUCAAAGGACGGCGUCACCAAGAGCAACCCGAGCAAGCGUCAUCGAGAGCGCCUCAACGCUGAGCUGGACACGCUGGCGUCGCUGCUGCCCUUCGAGCAGAACAUUCUCAGCAAGCUGGACCGCCUCUCUAUACUGCGACUGUCUGUCAGUUACUUGCGCACCAAAAGUUACUUCCAAGUGGUCAUGCACAAGGAGAAGGAAGAACUCCACGCGCACCGACGAGACCACUCACACUAUGACCACAUCAUGCCGGACGGGGAGAUGUUCUUACAGGCCCUCAACGGUUUUCUGAUGAUCUUGACAUGCGAGGGAGAGGUAUUUUUCGCGACGCAUAGCAUCGAAAGCUACCUCGGCUUCCAUCAGUCAGACAUAGUCCACCAAUCAGUUUACGAGCUGGUACACUCUGAAGACCGAGAGGAGUUGCAGAGGCAGUUGUUAUGGAACUCCUUCCUAUCCCCCGAAGCAAGCAACCUGACGCUUCAAGACGUUCUUCGACCAGAGCGAACGCACCUACUAGAAAGAAGUUUUACCGUCCGAUUUAGAUGUUUACUUGACAAUACUUCUGGAUUCUUGAGGCUGGACAUCCGAGGACGCAUCAAAGUUCUUCACGGCCAAAACAAGAAAACAGAAGAGCCUCCGUUAGCGUUAUUUGCAAUAUGCGCACCCUUUGGCCCGCCCAGUUUAUUAGAAAUACCACAGAAGGAAGUCAUGUUCAAGAGCAAACACAAGCUCGACCUUAGUCUAGUCUCAAUGGACCAGAGGGGUAAAAUGCUGCUAGGCUACACGGAUGCGGAGCUGGCGAAUAUGGGUGGCUACGAUCUAGUGCAUUACGACGACCUGGCCUACGUGGCCAGUGCUCACCAAGAGUUACUGAAGACUGGCGCAUCGGGGAUGAUCGCGUAUCGCUUCCAGACAAAAGACGGCCAAUGGCAGUGGUUGCAGACUUCUUCCAGACUCGUCUACAAAAACUCUAAGCCGGAUUUUGUCAUCAGCACGCACAGGCCUCUCAUGGAGGAAGAAGGAAGAGAUCUCCUGGGAAAGAGGACUAUGGACUUCAAAGUGAGCUACCUCGACACUGGCCUCACCAGCCUCUACUUCUCGGAAACCGAACAAUUGUCUGGCUGUGAAUCAACAGUGACGACACCCCCAAGAGCAGCGAGACGGUACAAGACCCAGCUCCGCGACUUCCUGUCGACCUGUCGAAAUAAACGCAGGGUUCCUACUACGCCGGCUCCUCCACCUGUAGAGUACCUAGCAGCUGAUGCUGUUGCUGCAGCAUAUACCAACCUAAAUGGAGCUUACACAGGUCCUUACGGGGAAUACCCUCCAGCUCCACCAUUACAUUACGCCCCGCCACCAUUAGACGAGAGGUUCUUGGCGGCGGACAACCUCUUCCAUCAAUAUAAGCCCCUAUCGUACCAUUAUACACCUUAUGCGCCCAACGGUUUCCUAGAACCAGCACCACCCCCCGGAUACGAAGUAGCCCCCGCAUAUCAUAGGCCACCGUCAAGGGAGUAUACAUACGUAGACACCACUGGGCGGUACAUGAGUCCGGUAACGGGACAAGAGAGAAGAUCACCCAGUGUGGUCCCUGGCCCAAGUCCCGGAGGUUCCAGUGGUUCGACUGAGCAGGAGAGGUUACAGCAGACUCAAGCUUCGGAGAUGCCAAGGCAGACUGUCCUCAUGUGGGGCGCGGGAGGAACUGCUCAAGAGGUCCCCGUGGAGUACUCCCCUCCUCAGGUUUGGCGCUACCAUCCAUCGCAUUACCACACCGCUGAAGCGACUCAAUGA